AUGACAGCCGUGGAGAACAGGGCAUUGUCCGUCACAUCUAGUGCGUUUUUAUCGGUAUUAGAAGUCUUUGAUGCCCAGUCUCUCGUAAACCUGCAAUGUGGUCGAAUGGUUGAGCUGGAAAUAGAAUUUCAAAUCCCUGCUGGAGAAUACGAUGAUUAUGGUGUACAGCAAUGUAAGGAGGUAUUAUUUCAUGAUUAUAUUAUAUAAAAUUGUUUUGUAAUUUCAACCAGUUCGUUCUUUGUCAUGCAAUUUGCAUGCAGACAUCUAAGAGCUGGUAAAUUCGUUCUCUUUUCAAGGUAAUGAAAAUCAUCUCGCAGAUGCAGCAUAUAAAGGAGUCAGGAAUGGAUUUCGACCCAAGGCUAGCAAACAGGUUCAUGCGUUGUCUGAAAGAAGCAGUUUUAGCAGGAGUUUGGAAAGGCCUGUGUCCGGAAUGGUUUGUUGAUGACAAAAACAGACCG